AUGAGUAAUCAAAAUGAUGAAACUUCACCCUCAAAAAUAGAAACAAAAUAUAUUCGAUUUAGUGGAUAUCUUUAUAAGGUAAAUGGUAUAUUUUAUAAUACAAAAAAGAAAUAUUGGUUUGUUUCAUCAAAUGAGCAUCCUUUUUUAUUUUGGUACUUAUCUGAUACUGAUAUGAUACCUCAAGGAAAAUUUCCACUGAUUAAUUCUAAAAUUAAUACAUCAUCGAGAAAUAAUAAAGUAUUUGAAAUACAUAAUGAAAAGAAUAUUUUAACACUUGAAGCUGAGACAACAAAUGAAAAAAAUGAAUGGAUUAAUCAUUUAAUCAAUAACAAAAAUAUUGGUAUAAAAAGUAUGUUUGAAGAUGAGUUAUCUAAAACACCACCAUCAAAAUUUUAUCGAUCAUCAUUUGAAAAAUAUGUUAAAGAAUGUGAUCAUAAAUUAUGUGAUGAGGAAGGGUUAACAGAGGGAAUAGAAGUUGAAAAUAAUUGUUUAACAAAUGAACCACAAACAUUAAAUGAAUUUCAAUGUAAAGAUGUUAAUGAAUUAGAAAUUAAAUUACGAAAUUAUAUGGAAGUUGUCACAAAUAUGGGAGAAAAAAUAUUAUUAUUAGAAAGCCAAUUGGAUAAAGCGCAUAAAAGUGAAGAUGAAUUAAGAAAACGUAAUUUUAAUCUUGAAGCUGCUUAUUAUCGUUUAAAAAGAGAGUAUGAUGAUGUUAAGAAACAAAUAUAUGAAGUUGUUUAUGAAGAAGCAAAUUUAGAUUUAAAUAGUUCAUUUUUUACUGAAAAUAAAGAUGAACAUGGCAUUAAACAAGCAUGCAAUAAUUUGGGUUUUGUUGUUACAAAUAUAAAUAGAAAUAAUGACAAUAAUUCAAUGAAUGUAGCUAAAUGUAUGGCACAAAAAGCUAAUGUAAUAGAAACAAAACUUAAAGUUGAACAAAGUAAAUUUUAUAAAGAUUGGAUAACAAAAUGGGAUGAUUUUAUGUUAAUGAUACCUGAAAAUACAACAAAAUAUGAAGAUGAAUUUAAAAAACUUGUUAGAACAUCAAUUCCUGAAUCAUAUAGAUCACAAUUAUGGUUAGUUAUGGUUAAUAAAUGUGUUGGAGAAAAAAGAAAAGAACUUGGAGUAAAAUAUUAUAAAAAUUUAUUAGAAAAAGCUAAAAAUGAUAAUAUUGAUUUAUAUUCAAAUAUGAUAGAUUUAAUGGGUGAAGAUAAUUAUACAGAUCCUAUAUUAAGAUUAAUAGAUUCAGAUUUAACAAGAACACUCCCAUCAAACAAAUAUUUUUGUAGUUUAAACGGUGAAAAGAUUCCUGAAUUAAGGAGAAUUUUAUAUGCAUAUCGUUACUAUAAUACAGAUAUUGGGUAUUGUCAAGGAUUAAAUAGGCUAGCAGCACUAGGUUUAUUAUUUUUACAAGAAGAAGAUGCAUUUUGGUUUUUAGUUACUUGUGUUAAUUUACAACCAAAAGAUUAUUAUAAUGAAAAAUUAUUUGGUGUUAUAAUUGAUCAAGCUGUUUUUACAGAGAUAGUCAGUGAAAAAUUACCACGUUUAUCACAUCAUUUAAAAAGUUUAGAUGUUGAUUUUCAAUUGUAUUCUUUAAAAUGGUUUAUGACAGUUUUCAUUGAUUCACUAUCACAUGAGUUAUAUCUUAAAAUAUUUGAUUGUUUUUUGAAUGAAGGUAACAAAAUUAUAUUUCGUUUUUCUUUAGCACUACUUAAAAUGUGCGAAAAUGAUCUUUUGGAGAGCAAAACAUUCUCUGCUGCACAUCAUAUUCUUGAAGGAAUAAGAAAUAGAAAUAUUCAAUUUUCAGAUUUGGCUAAUUAUGCAUUCUCAUCUUUACAAUCUUUUUCUUCAAAAUGGAUUAAUACUAAAAGAGAAUUUCAUCUAAAGAAACUUGAACCAUCUAAUAGAAAUGAUAUUUAA